AUGAAAAAUUAUAGAAAAGCAUAUCACAGUGGUUCUUGGUAUUCUAACAAUAGUAAUGUACUGAGAAAUUCUAUUGAUUUAUUUUUUAAAAAACUAAAUCCCAAAAAAUUAAAUCUAAAAGCAGCCAUUUGCCCUCAUGCUGGAUAUGAUUAUUCACUUGAAACAAAUGCUCAUGUUUAUUCGUGUAUAAACCUAGAAAAUGUGUCAAACAUUUUUAUAUUUGGUCCUAAUCAUCACAUUUACAAUAAUAAAUGUUUAUUCCCUAAAAUAGACGAAUAUGAAACACCUUUUGGAUUUUUAGAAAUAAAUAAAGAUAUUAUAUCAGAUAUUUUGAAGAAUGAUUCUUACAAUUUAUAUGAUUUUAUUGAUGAAAUAGAUGACGAAGAAGAGCAUUCAAUAGAAAUGCAACUUCCUUUAAUAAAAUAUAUAAUUAAUGAUAAAAUUAUAAAAAUAAUACCUAUAUAUGUGGGGUGCAUAGGAAAUGAUGUUGAAAAAAUAAAAUUAUUUUGUGAACCUUUAAAGAAAUAUUUCGAAGAUAAUAAAAAUUUAUUUUUAUUUUCAUCUGAUUUUUGCCAUUACGGAUCAAGAUUUAAUUUUACAAAUAUAUUACCAAAAUAUAAUGAUAAAUAUAUAUUUAAACAAAUAGAAAAAAUGGAUAAAGAUGCUGCCAAUAUUAUUAGUAGACAUAAUAUAACAGAUUUUAUUGAUUACUUAAAUAAAACACGUAAUACAAUAUGUGGUUCAAAUCCUAUAAAAAUUAUGUUGAAUUUACUUCAAAAUUAUUCAGGGAAUGUUUUAACAAAAUUGCUGCAUUAUACUCAGUCCAAUCACUCUAAAAAUAUAAAUGAUUCAUCUGUUUCAUAUGCUGGAAUUGUUUCUAUUAUUAAUUAA